UAUCGAGUCAUCGAUAGUAUCGGUAGUCGGCCGGUAAUCUUAUCCACCUGUAGUGUCAUCGCUAGCACAAAGUAAAAUAAACAAAUCAAAAGGAGAAAGUGGCCGUUGCUGCAUUUUAAACAUUGAAGUUUUGGAAACGCCACAAUGCGCGACUGGAUGCCAUUGCUAUUCUGCGGCCUCUCCGUGCCCCUCUCCCUGUUCAUGUGGCUGGGCAACGUGGCCAUAUCCCGGCUCUGGAGCACCGACUUUGAAGAGUCGCGGGUGAUUCCGCCGGUGCGUUGGCUUUUCUCAACGAUGGCGCCUCUGGCUCUCAUGACGGUGGCGCUGAAGCGGCGAAGCGUCAACCGAUCGGGGGCCGCACUGGGCAUCCUUGUGGCCUUCGUGCUGUCCAUCGCCAGCCAUCCGUUCUUCGCCAGCCUGGUGGUAUUCUUCUUCAGCUCUUCGCGUGCCACCAAGUUCCGGGCGCAUAUGAAGCGGCGCUUUGAGAGCGAUUUCCGUGAAGGUGAGGGCCAACGCAAUUGGGUACAGGUGCUUUGUAAUGGUGGCAUGGCCUCCCAGCUAGCCCUGCUUUAUCUGCUGGACUGCGGCAGCGGAGAGCGGACCGUGGACUUUGCCAGGGAGUACCGCUCCAGCUGGCUGGGUGUGGCCGUGAUGAGUGCCUUCGCCUGCUGCAAUGGGGACACCUGGUCCAGCGAACUGGGAAGUGUGCUUUCGCACCGGGAUCCGGUCUCAAUCCUUACCUGGCGACGCGUGCCGCGCGGCACCAAUGGUGGUGUAUCGCUGGCCGGAAUAGCUGUGAGUUUGCUGGGCGGAUUACUUGUGGGUUUCGGCUACUUUGUCACCGUACGUUACACUGUGGAAGCCAAGAUGCUGCUGGUCAGUCCACCGCAGUGGCCAAUCAUUGUGUUUGGCGGUAUUGCUGGUCUUUUUGGAUCUCUGCUCGACUCUGUUCUGGGCGGCCUGCUACAGUAUUCGGGCAUUAAGGAGGACGGCAAGAUUGUGGACGCGCCCGGCAAGGGGGUGCGACACGUGAGCGGACUGCGCAUCCUGGACAAUCACAGUGUUAACCUCAUAUCCAGCAUUGUCACCGGCGUCACCAUACCCGUCCUGGCCCAGAAGUACUGGCCUGUGCGCUAAGCACGCUUCUCUGUUGUCUGUUACUCACUAUUAGUAAGCCUUCCUAGCCCCGCUAAAGAAAUAUCUAUCCCACAUGCUAAAAAAUCGGCUGGAAUCGUCGCUUUAUAGCUAAUUUGUUAACACUUAGUAAUAAGUCCUUGAGAUUUGUGAGGUAUUUUUUUUAAUUUAUCACUCCAAAGGGGCUGCCUCUACAUGGUAGAUAUAUUUUUGUAAAACUUCCACGGCGCCAAGCGAACUAACUGACUAAAAUGAAGACUUGAACUAGGAACAACAACGACUGGACAGACGCAGCGGGAUGGGUUAAGGCAAUAUAAGCUAUAAUGUAUCUUAAGCUAAGGUAGAUCGCCACAGAUGUAUGUAUGUUCCUCAGGGUUUAACUUUGUUAAUUCUGAGUAAAAGCCCCUGCGACUGUCCAUUUAGAUUAUAAAUAAAAAUAACUAUUAAAAGCU